GAUUACAAGAAGCUCUGCUUGGAGGAGGUCGGCCUCUUCGAAGAAGGCGACGAAAAGCUGAAGGCGGCAGAGAAUGCCGUUGCACCCGUCACACAGGGAAUCGAAGAAAAGGGUGAGGAAUGGAAGGAAUCCAUGUCCGUGUUCACGGAGGCCCAGCAGUUUCACGACAUGAUCGGCACGAUCAGCACUUUCGUGAAAGACUGGAGCAAGAGCAACUCCGCCCUUUGUGCCCUCAAAGACAGGAUCAAAGAGUUCAAGGACUUCACCGUCAAGGCGAAGAGGGGGCUUGAAAAGAAGACAAAGGCUGGCAACAAAAGCAAGAGUGCCCAAACGAAGGCAGGGCUCAAUGCGACUGUCCAAAACCGGUGGGAGAGUAAGGAGCAUCCUUUCGUCGAGAAGAUCCUGACAGCGGCACGGUCGAACAAGCUUCCGACGGAAAAGGGGCUGCAGUGGAACAUCAUGCAGCUGCUCGAUGCGGAGCCGUGGAAGAACGUGGACCCGGUCAAGCUCAACAUGGACGAGAUGAUGAAGAUGAUCAAAAACAUGGACUACUACGAGUUCCAGAAGCAGUGGGUCCAGGAGCGAGCCAAGGGAAAAGGGCCAGAUGCGGAGCCCUUCCAGUCUUUGUUUGUCCAAGCCGUGGUCACCAAGACAUCCGUGUCCAACAUGCAGUACUUCAAGAAGUCUGUGGGCAGUGAUGCCUUCCACCCGUGUGUCCAACAGGUGCCGGACACGUUCGCCCCUCACUUCACGGCUCAAGCGUGCAACUCGGCAUCCUUGAACCUCGGCACGGAUUUCGGACUGGCCGAUGCCCGACUCUGUGUGGAGGGUUCCUGCACCCUCAUGGGCAUCAGCUAUCACCAUUUGUUCGGCAAACCUGCAAGUCAGGACGAUCUGCCGGAUGCUCGGAAAAAACUGGAGUCCAUGACCUGGGACGAGUGGCACGAUGCUUGCGUGGCGAAGGGUUGGUGCUGCAUCCUACAGGAGGGAAAGACGGUCAUCAUCCCGGGUGAUCACGUUUUCAUUUCAGUGAACAUUGCUGCAGAGGAAGUGCACUGCUGCAAGAUUCACCUGGUGAGCUUGGGCAAGACCUUGGUGUCUGAGGAUGCAAAAACACCCGCCGGCGGCCACAUGAGGCGAACCCAUCGUUGGUUGCAGAUGCUCUGCAGCGAGCAGCCCAUCCUGCAACAGAUGCGUUCGGGAAAGAUCCUGGCAAUUUUCCACGAAGCUUUGGAAGCCGAGGCCCCUGAGGUAGCGGUUGCACAAGACGAGCUUAAUGCCAACAUCGCGGAGGCUCUAGAUGAGUUCUGA